CACUCACGCUUCCAAGAUGGCGCUCAACCUGCGGAGAGAAAGACGAUCGAGCGUCUGAACUGGUCGGAGCGGGUCUGCUAUAGCUGCGUCAAGCGUCGGACAAUGAACGAGUGCCGGACUGAUCUACUUGUUUUUGUCGUCGCUCCGACCAGUCAGUCAUAAGGAUAGUGCAGUGUGUUUGGUGCGGAAACAAAAUGUGCAGCCACAGAAAGAGGAUCGUUAGGCUAGAGUCGAAAAUAAGUACGUGCUAGUGCUGGUUCUUCGGUUAUGUCAGUGUGUUAAGUCAAAAUGGCAGCCACGUUAACUGUCGAGCAGGAACAGGCUACGAAAGAAUUUAUAGAAGCAGUGAAUAAGUGUCGAGCUGGAAGGAGAGCCGGUCCAGUCUCGUGGAGCAUAGCUGUAAAGUAUUUGACAGUAAGGAAAUUUGAAGUGGCGAGAGCACUAGCGUUGUACGAACAGCACGAAGCCACCAGAAGGAGAGAGGGUCUCGCAGUUUUGUACCCUACUCAGGAACCUUUGUUCAGUGAAUUACGCACAGGAAAAUUCACAGUUUUACCUUCACGGGAUGCUACAGGGGCAGCCAUAGCUAUUUUUACAGCACAUUUACACCUUCCACAAAAUACUACGCACCAGACAACGUUACAAGGUGUCGUUUAUCAAUUAGAUGCAGCUCUAGAAAGCGUAGAAACUCAAAAGCACGGUCUGGUUUUUAUUUAUGACAUGUCGGAUAGUAAAUACCAGAAUUUCGACUAUGACCUCUCGCAAAAGAUUCUCACUCUGCUAAAGGGUGGUUAUCCAGCAAAAUUGAAAAAGGUUUUAAUAGUGACUGCACCGUUGUGGUUCAAAGCACCCUUUAAGAUCCUUCGAUUAUUCGUGCGUGAAAAAUUGCGGGAUAGAGUAUUCACCGUAUCUAUUCCUCAAUUAACGUUACAUAUCCCGCGGGAAUCAUUACCGCAUCGUUUGGGCGGCACAUUGGAGAUACAGCAUGAGGCAUGGCUUCUCCACUGUCUUAAAUCCAUGACAAACAGGGGUGGGGGUGAACUUUGCGAGGUUACCCCCAGAGUGGGUACUCCUCUCUCGCCCACAUCGAAAAAUCAUACGGUUCAUCAAAAUCCCAAUGGAACUACAGUCAGUAGCUCAACUAGUCCUAUAAUCGAUAAGAACAAAGUGAAAAAUGGUAUCUCGAAUAUCGGGGAUAUCGAGAUUACGAAUGGUGAUGUCUGGAUGGGAACCGAUGAGGCACCAUCUCCAGUUCAGCCUCCGUCCUCAGCUAGUUCAGGUUUUAGCGACGACGACAGCCUUCACGGUGAUCUUGGUCUUCAAGCUGUUACUAUGGAGCAACUCAUCGAAGAGAUUCAUUCGAGAGGACGCGCAGGACUCAUAGCCGAGUAUGCGGAGAUUAGGAAAAGACCACCCGAAGGAUCCUUCAAUAAUGCGAAGUUAAGAUCGAAUCAAUCGAAGAACCGAUAUACGGACGUGCUCUGCUACGAUCACAGUAGGGUGUGCUUGUCGCAAAUAGAUGGAGACGCCACAUCGGAUUAUAUAAAUGCCAAUUUUGUUGACGGUUACAAACAGAAGAAUGCGUUUAUCAGUACCCAGGGUCCGCUUCCGAAAACUUGUGGAGACUUUUGGAGAAUGAUUUGGGAGCAACAAACGCUCGUUGUUGUCAUGACUACGAGAGUGGUGGAAAGGGGGCGCACGAAAUGUGCGCAAUAUUGGGGCCCAGAACCGGGCGACGAAGUACAGGCGGGAGGUUUCACCGUGACCACCCUCGAAGUAGACACGAAUCCUGACUACACGAUAUCGAUGCUUCUUCUAACAAACAACAAGACUGACGAGGCAAGAGAAGUUUGCCACAUGCUGUACACCGCGUGGCCCGAUUACGGUGUUCCACAAUCGGCCAGGGCUCUGCUACAGUUUCUAGCCUUAGUAAGACAACAACAAAAUAAAUUACUUGCUAGUAGAGGGGAUACGUGGGCCGGACAUCCGCGAGGACCUCCUAUAGUUGUCCAUUGCAGCGCCGGAAUAGGAAGGACAGGAACCUUUUGCACGUUAGAUAUUUGCAUAUCGCGACUAGAAGAUACCGGAACUGUAGAUAUCCGUGGAACCGUCGAAAAAAUCCGAGCACAGAGGGCCUACAGUAUUCAAAUGCCAGACCAAUACGUUUUCUGUCAUCGUGCUCUGGCAGAGUACGCGCUUUCCAAAGGGAUGCUUAGUUCGCAACAUCUUGCUAUGUUACCUCCAACCAUAGAAGAAGAUUCUGAUUAGAGCGUAACCUCUAUUAUCAUGUACCAGAUUGAUGUUCUUCCCGAGUAUGCAUAACAGUCUCCUUACAUAGCCUAUUUCUAGCUUAAAUAACUGAAAGUUAUUUUUUGCUAUCAUCUUCAUCGAUGUAAUAUUUCAGAUUUCUACUCUUAUGUUAGGCUAUAUGUUUAGAGAAUAUCUAAAGAAAGACUAGUUUUUUCAAGGCCAAAUGAGCGAACAGAAAUCUUUCAUUUCUGUUCCUUGGUAUUUUGCUCUGUGAACAAACGAUUCGAUAUUAAGAAUAACGACGGUGCGAAGGCACCGAAUAGAAAUGGCUCUCCGAGUAAAUAGCACGAAAAGUGACACGAUCGGAUUUGCCGACUCUAUUUUAACCCUCUCAUAUGUAAAUUUUA